UGAAAGUGAAAUGGUCAUGUUUUGUAGUGGUUUCUACCUUUUAGCUUUUGUUAUCUUUUGAUAGUAUUAUGUUUGUUGUGUUAAACUCAUAUGCUUUAACUUUUGUAGGUUUAGAACUUUCUAUUAGAUCUUUCAAACUAUAAAGGGGGGAAGUAUAGAUUAUAUUUGGGGGGUGGAGGAAAUAGCAGGUAGCCUGUAGGCUACCUUUUAAUAUAAUGCAAACAACAACACAAAGUACCAGCGAGUUAAAUUAACAUAUUCUCAAUAAAAAUCUAACACUAUAAGAUUCACAGGUAAUAAAAACGGCUGGACUGUUGCAUUAUUAAAUUUCACAGGUGUUCCUUUCGUUUUGUCUGCCCCCUGGCCUCUUUAGGUAGCCUAAAUAACAAUGUGGUUUCCUGUGUGUAGGUGUAGGCCUAGGUGUGACUUGUGUGCUUGUAAAAUUCAUGUGCCGCCGUGUGAAAUAUCAAACCAUCGCACAUUUAACACAAAUGGAUCUUAGGCAACCUGACGUGACGUUUAGUCCUUUUCUUUGAUGAGUUAAAAAUUCAGAGAAGACAUGAAAGAUAUUAUAUUUAUCACCCUGGAAAACCCUGCUACCGCUAACAGUAUUUGAUUUACUUCCUGAUUGACCAGACAGAAAGCGUAUGACAUCUAGGACGGGGAGUUGAGCUGAAGAAAGGGUUUUUAAACUUUCAAGAGAAAAGGCAAAGAUUCCCAAAGUGAACUAUGGCACUGUCCAGCUGUCCAGCUCCAGCAUUGAUUGCAGACUCCUGCCUGGAGGGCUGGAAGGUGAUUGGCUCUGGGGGUUUUGGACAAAUCUACAAAGCCAGGCAUCGUCAGUGGUGCUGCGAUGUGGCCAUUAAACUGCUUCAUUACGACGACGGGACCAGUAAGUCUUUGCUGCAUGAGAUCGACAUGAUGCGUCAAGGAAGCAGCCCGUACGUUAUUCAGGUCCUCGGGGUUUUCAAAGGUCGGCUGCCCUCGUCUGUCACGUCAACGCAACUCGGUCUGGUCAUGGAGGUCAUGGAGAGAGGAUCACUGGCCUCCCUACAGGACACCUUAGAUGUAGCUAUUCCCUGGCCGCUAGUCGUGCGACUGGCUCACCAAGUGGCUUUGGGGAUAAACUUCCUCCACAGUAUGUCCCCUGCACUGCUCCACCUGGACCUGAAGCCCAGCAACGUGCUGCUGGACUCCUAUCUCAAUGCCAAGCUUACAGAUUUUGGCCUUGCCCGGUUUUACCACAGCGUCACUCGGGCUUCCAAGAAGGACAGCGAAGGGGAAGGGGGGACGAUCAGCUAUAUGCCACCAGAGGCAUUUAACCUAUCUUACACACCCACCCGAGCCUCUGAUGUUUACAGUUAUGGUAUACUCUUAUGGUCCAUAGUCACAGGGAAACAACCAUAUGCAAAUGCGAUGUCCAGUAUAGUGCGGUUUCGCAUCCCACAGGGAGACCGUCCAUCGCUGGAUGAGAUCAGGGGCCAGUGUGCGGGAAGAACUGGGUUAAUAGGACUGAUGGAGCUCAUGGAAAAAUGCUGGGAAGACAAACCCGACCAAAGGCCUUCCUCCCUUGAGUGUACAACUGUGACAGAAGAACUGUAUAAGAUGCACAAACAUGCAAUUGUUGAUGCUGUCCAUCAAGUGCUUAAGAGAUUGGACCAAAAGGAAGAAGAAAGAAUAAGAGAGCAGGUUGAGACAAUUAAUUUCAAUCAGGCUUCAGUGAAUACCAAAGUUGGAGUAACAGAUGUUUGUGACAACGUGCCGACAGGGCGCCCCCCAGUUCAGGAAAUGGCUGAUGGUUGGACUGAAAAUCAAAGAGACAAAUCAAGAGUCAAAGAUUCGCCUUCACCUCAACCAGCUAGUAUGUCUUAUGUUGGCUCGAGGCGCUCACCAACAGACCAUGAAGUGAAAGUGUCCUCUGUUCACCCCAUUCAAUCCUCACAAUCUUCAAGGUUACCUGCAGAAAGAACAACAAAACCUUCUCAGCCAGACUUAAAGAAAAUCCUGUUUCCACCGUACCAACGUCAGUUUUCCAGCCCAGAGACUUCCACCUGCCAUCUUCCGCCUGCUGCAGGUGGAGUCAACAUCCACCUUAGCAAUGUGGUUGGAUUUCAGCAUGGCAACAACAACAACAUGCAUCUCUACACCACAGACCCCUUGGACAGGAAACGGCACCCAACAGCACCACCUAGUGUCAACCUCCUGCUUCCACAUUCAGGAAGCAGCAAGGACAAGAAGGGAGGAGUUGGCUAAGUUCUCAUUGUUUUCUCAUUGAGAGAAGCUCUUUGUAUGAAGGUGUAACUGCAUUAAAAAAAAUAAUUUUUGUUUUUUUAAAUGCAGUUACAAAUCUGUCAAAUCUGGACAGGAUUCAGAUAUUGGUUAAGCAGCAUGCAGGUGUUUAAAAUCAUGUAUUGGUAUUUUUUUAACAAUAUUUAUUUUGCUUCUUUUGUUGGAAAAUUUUAAGCCAAUGAGCUUCUCCUCACACCACCCCUUUUGCCCUGUCAGCAGUUUAAAUAUGUGCCAUGUCUGGUCAUAUGGUUCACCAACUGUGGUCAACAAAUAUACACAGUUGUAGUGCCAGCUCGCCAUCAGGUGCCAGAAAUCGCCUUUACAGCAGAUUAUUAAUCAAAACAGCUUGAUGUAUGUCUUAUUUAUGUCUUUAUAGUUUUUAUAUAUAUUAUGUUGUAUAGUCUUAAUACCAGGUACACAUGAAGUGUCAGAAAUUUAGUAAGUCCUUAAUACUUUAAGCAUUUUUCUAAUACUGGAAUCUAUACCCCCUUCGGUAUAUCUUUUCAAAGUCAAAAUUUGCAGGUAUUAUUUUUGAUCAUGACUGGCUACAUUCUCUUGCACAGAAAUAUUGAAUUAAAUUGAAUCAUCAAAAUAUACUGUGUAUAUACUUGUUUUUGGAAAGUACAAAUAUUUAUUUUUUGUGCUUACUGCAUUUAUUUGGCUAGCUAUGCGUACUUUUGUGGGUACAUCUUUACAAACUCAUUAAGUGCAGCCAAAAAAGUGUUUAAAGUGCCCCAAAGAACUUCCUUAUACAUUUGAUAUGUUUUUAAAGGAUCUUUGAAAUGUACAUUUGUUUUUAGUGUUUUUUCUAAAAAUGUCAAACACAUGUUUUUUAACAUGUGUGUGUGUUUGCAAUUGUGCACAAGAGAUCCAGAGUUUUGCAGUUGAUGUAAUGGUGCUACCAUAAAAUUUUGGCAUCUUGAAUACUUCACUUAGUACAAGACUGGUGUAGCUUCAAUGAAGUGUUGGAACGAACGUGUAUGCAAUAUUCAUGUCGUACUGUUUUGCAUUAUGCGAAAAGAAUGGCUUUAUCUUAAUGGAUAAGUCUGGUGUUAUUCUAUGUUUUUGUUAUUGUCAACAAAUCCCACAAAAAGACCAACAACCAUGUACUUUCUGACUUCCCUACCCUCUCUUUUUUUAAGGCUCAGGCAUUUCCUAACACUGCUGGACACAAUUUUUAGCAAAUGUUACUCAAACAGGACUAAAUGUUAAACUAAUAUGUGGGAUAAACACAAAGUAAACUACAGAGGACAACAAUGGAGCUCAGUGCAGAGGAAGAAGAUAAAUUAGAUACACAAUCACACUUGUUAGUAGAAUCAAUUUAUUGUUGUUUUGGUCUUUAAAAUGAUUUGUUGACUAUAAGAAAUAUAAAAGCAUCUCCAAUACUUAUCCUUAAUUCCGAAGGUACUUAAGUGGAAAUUUACAGAAAGGGUAACAUUAAGAACAUUUAUUGUAUUAGUUAAAAAGUACAAUUUACUAAGCUUCAGAAUUCUUAAUAAAUUCAAUGUUUGUACUCAAA